AUGACCGGUGCCUGGCCUCGGCCCCCGGGCGCUCCCCAGCGCCUGCUGACGGCGCUCGCCGCGCUCCUGCUGGGCUGCCCGGCGCUCCCGGCACGGACGCCCGAACCCGAGCUCUCGAUGCCGGCACUGGUGCGGGCCACCCGCGGCGGCCGCCGCAGCUCCGAGGGCGCAGGCAUCCUGGCAGCCCCGCCGGGUCUCCGGGUACCCCUGGGUCGCUCCGUGUGGCUGGACCCGGCCCGGGACCUGGUGAUCCGCGUGCAGCCCGGGGAGCGGUGUACGGUAACCGUGGUGGGCAAGGACGGAGGCGGAGGGGCUGCAGGCUCCCCAGCGCCGGGCGCGCUCACCCCAGCCAGCUUCCCGUGCGCCUUCGGGCCCGAGCAAGUUCACUACACUCACUUUGGCGCCCACAGCCCCUCCCAGCACCGGCUCCGGCUGCAGCUGCGCUAUGACUCCUCGAGCCGGACCCUUGUGCUGCCCUUCACCAUGCCCGUGGACGUGGACUCCACACGGCUCCAAGUGGUCACUCGCAACCUGCCCUUGGCCGUGGUCACGCUGCGGGGCUUCAGCCACGCCAUUGACCCCAGGGUGCUGAACUUCUCCACUGCCUCCCUCGCCGCUUCCUCUCCAGAUGGGGCCCCCCUAGCAUGCCGUCUCACCCCACUUCCCCGGGAAAGUGGCCCUUUGCCCAGGCACGGAAAGUUGGUGAGCCCCUCGGGAGCCCCGUUGUCCCCGGGGAGGGAGAUGGACUGUCAAGCGUUCCUGAAUGCCGGGGUGCGCUACCGACACCUGGCCAGCACCCCGUCACCCGAUCGGGACUACGUGCCCUUCCUGGUGGAGAUCUUGGGGUCAGAAACGGAGGAGGCCGUUAGACUCCCCAGGAUCCUGGCCCGGGAGCACUUCCAGAUGCUGGUGAGGAUUCAGGAGGGAAGGGAGAACACGCCACCCAGGCUUAGCUUCGGAGCCAUGAUGAUGAUGGAGGUGGGCCAGUUCGUACUGACCCCUCUGACCCUGGAGUCCCUGGCCGCGGAGGAUUUGGAAACCAAUUCCGAUGACUUAGUCUUUAACAUCCUCAACCCCCCCACUGUGCUUCCCGAGUCCCGUCGGCAGCGAGGCUACUUCAUCAACACCGAUGAUCCCUUAGGAGGAGCCGUCACCUCCUUUACUCAGCAGGACCUGAGAGAGCUGAAGAUUGCCUACCAGCCUCCCACGGGGGACUCCAGCCAGGAGCGCCUUUUCCAGCUAGAGAUGGAGGUGAUGGAUGCGGAUGGAGCCGCCUCUCCCCCCUUCGCCUUCGUGGUCGUAGUGAAGCCCAUGAAUACCCUGGCCCCGGUGGCCUCUCGGAACCAGGGACUGCUGCUGUUCGAAGGUCAGUCGCGGCCUCUGGCCGGCGCCCAGAGCUUGGAGAUCAGCGACGAAGACAACCUGGAAGAGGUAAGGGUGACCGUAGCAAAGGGCUUAAGCCACGGGCAGCUGGUGGUCCUUGGAGCCCCUCCGGAGCGCACAUCUUUCACCCCAGCGGAGCUGGCUGCGGGAAGGGUGAUCUACCAGCACGACGGCAGUGACAGCUACAGUGACAACGUCAUCUUCCGCCUCAGCGAUGGGCGCCACGAUGUAGAAUUCCUAUUUCCCAUCACUAUUGUCCCUGAGGAUGAUGAGCCUCCAAUUGUCAGUACCAACACCGGGCUCUCCUUAGCUGAGGGCGAAGUGCUCCAGAUUUCCCGCUUCCUUCUUAGUGCCACAGACAUUGAUUCUGAAGACUCAACCAUUCGCUUUGUACUAAAGACAUCGGCCCUGGAGGGGACGGAGGGAGAGCCGGGGCAGCCCCAAGGAGAGGUCCUGUUGCGCCAAAGUGAACCCCCAUCACCCCUGAUGGCUGAAGGAGGGCAGGGCUGGACCUAUGUGGAGAAAGAGGGCCUCUAUGAAAAGGUGGUGACUGAAUGGCUGCAGCAAGACAUCCUGGAAGGGAGGCUCUUUUACCGCCAUCUUGGACCCCAUAAUCCCAGCUCCAUGAUAGAUCAGCUGGUGUUCCACGUGCAGGAUGAUCAUGAUCCACCCAACCAAUCAGGCCAACACUUUUUCACCAUCAAGGUGCAGCCGGUGGAUGUUCUGAGCCCAGAGUUGCAUCCAGGAGUGAGCCUAGAGAUGACUGUGAAAGAAUACCAGCUCACUCCUUUCCAAAAGCAAUUUCUCUGCUAUACUGAUGUGGAUUCUGAUGACUGGCACUUGCGCUAUAUGCUCCUGACACCCCCUACGGACAUGGAUAAUAACCACCCUGUUCCGGCCGGGGAAAUUGUGCUUACCGAUGAGCCCACGAGGUCAGUCACGCAGUUCACGCAGGCCCAGGUGAAUCACCACAAAGUGGCCUACCAGCCUCCUCAGCAGGAAGUGGGCAUUGCCCCCCGGGUGGUCCAGUUCACCUACCGUGUGGAGGAUGCCGCAGGUAACUCUGUGCCAGGUACCUUCCGUUUGUUCCUGCAGCCCGUGGACAACCAGCCCCCAGAGGUUACCAACAGUGGCUUCGCUGUGCAGAAGGGUGAGAGCUUUAUUCUGACCAGCAGGGAACUAGAUGCCACAGACCCAGACACAGAGGCUGACAAUAUGGUGUUCACUUUGGCACAGGGCCCCCAACACGGUCAGCUCCUCUAUUUAGAAGGAGUCAUGACCUCGGGGACUUACUUUAUGAAGGAUGAUAUCGUUAAGGGACACAUCUCCUAUCAACAUGAUGGGAGUGAGACCGCCAAGGACGCCUUCCAAUUGAUUGUGAGUGACAGGAUCCAUCAAGUGCCCAUUACAGUCCGAAUUAUUAUAAAGACUAUUAAUGACAGGACCCCUGUCCCCGGAGGUGGCUGGGUGGGCACUGCCAUUGAUGUCCUAGAGAAUGGGGCCACAGAAAUGACCACGGGUAUCAUCCAGGGCACAGAGAAGAACACGGAUGAUCAGAUGUUGACCUUCAUAGUUGAGAAACCCCCACAGCUGGGCACUCUCCUGCUGAAUGGGUUGCCCACAGAGCAGUUCACCCAAGGAGAUCUCAUCAAUGGGGCAGUAGCCUAUGCCCACACAGGGGGUGAGAUCGGUAUGCAGAAGCAGCACGAUGCUUUCAACCUUACAAUAUCUAACCCCUCUAAUAUCUGGGUGGUAGCGGGCAAAGUAGUGGAGGGUGUGCAGGUACAGGUGACUGUGUUACCCAUAGACAGUGUGCCUCCUGAAGUGAAAGGAGGGGAGCUGUUCAGUGUCCCUGAGGGGGGGAAAGGCACUUUGACCCUGAGACAUUUAGACGCUAAGGAUGUGGACACUCCCCAUGAUGAUAUCUUAUGUACUAUCAUUGGGCAGCCUUCAUUUGGCUACCUGGAAAGUAUCUCUCCAGCCCCUGGCUCCGAGAAGUCCCAGGUGGGUAACCCUAUCAGUGCCUUCACCAUCAAGGAUAUAGGUCUGGGGCACAUCAACUAUGUCCAGAGUAUCCACCAAGGGAUAGAACCACGGGAAGAUCAGGUCACUUUUUAUUGCUCUGACGGUGUCCAUGUUUCCCCCAAUUACAUUUUCCCCAUCAUCAUCCUGCCCACCAAUGAUGAGCAGCCAGAACUUUUCAUUCGUGAAUUUGUGGUGCUGGAAGGGAUGAGUCUAGUUAUAGACACCCCUCUACUCAAUAGUGCCGAUUCAGACCUGCCGCCAGAUGAGCUACGAUUUCAGGUCACAGUACUCCCCCAGAAUGGACAGAUCGUUCAACAGUUGGCCACUGGAAGCCGCCCUGUCCACAGCUUUACCCUAGAGGAGAUUCAAGAGGCUUCCACUAUUGUAUAUGAACAUGAUGACUCUGAAACCACAAUGGACAGCUUUGAGGUUUGGGUGACUGAUGGGAAGCACACAAUCCAUAAGAAGAUACCAAUCACAGUGAUCUUGGUGGAUGAUGAGACCCCACGGCUGUCCAUCAAUGAUGGCCUGGAAAUGGACAUUGGACAGACCAAAGUCAUCACGAACCAAGUCCUCAAGGCCACAGAUCUUGACUCAAAUGACAAGGACCUCGCUUACAUUCUUCGAUCAGGUCCUGAACAAGGACUCCUCCAGAAGCUCCUUGUGCCUGGAGGAAAAGUGUGGAGUAAUCUCACUCUGGAUAUGAAUUUUACUCAGUCUGAAGUUGACCAGGGUUUAAUCUGUUAUAGCCACAAAGGUCUAGGAGGGGUCCGGGACCUAAUCAAAUUUGAUGUGACUGAUGGAAUUAACCCCUUGAUAGAUAGGUAUUUCUAUGUCACGAUCAGUGGCCCAGACAAAGUUUUUCCUGAAGUGAUCAACAAAGGGGUGACCCUAAAAGAAGGUGGCAGAGUGACCCUCACCACUGAUCUUCUCAGUACUAGUGACAUAAAUAGUCCUGAUGAACAAUUAUGCUUCAGCAUCACCCGUGCCCCAAAUCAAGGACACUUGGAAAGUUCUGACUUUCCUGGAAAGCCCAUUGAUUCUUUUACUCAGCUUCAAUUGGCUGGCAACAAAAUCUCCUAUGUCCACACUGCAAAAGAUGAGGUAAAGAUGGACAGUUUUGAGUUUGAGGUGACCGAUGGUCACAAUACUAUUUUCCAGACCUUCCAUGUCUUUAUCAUUGAUGUGGAUAACAAAAAGCCUGUAUUGACCAUUCACCCCUUGUUGGUGCAGGAAGGAGAGAGAAAGUUGAUUACUCCAUUUGAACUUUCAGCUGAGGACCAGGAUAGCCCAGAUACCUCUCUGCUCUUCACAAUCACCCACAUCCCCACCCAUGGACAAAUUCUAUGUAAUGGCAGUCAGCCCAUUACCAGCUUCACCAAACAAGAUCUGAAUGAGAAUUUGAUCAGCUACUGGCAUGAUGGCACAAAGACCACUGAGGAUAAUUUCUCUGUCGUUGUGACAGAUGGCACACAUACAGAUUUCUUCAUCUUCCCAGAUACUGUCCUAGCAACUCACAAGCCCCAGGUGAUGAGGAUCCAAAUCAGUUCCUUGGAUAAUGGAAUACCCCAGGUUGUGGUCAACAAGGGUGCCCCAGAUUUAAGGAUUCUUCGGACUGGGCAACUAGGCUUCCCGAUCACCAGCAAGUCUCUUAAAGCAGAGGAUCAAGACAGUCCACAUAACCUUCUGAAAUACACAGUCACCAGUGGACCAGAACAUGGCAACCUCAUUCACCUUGACCUUGGAAAUGAGAACAUUAAGGUGUUCACACAAGCUGAUAUUGAUAAGAUGAAGCUCUGCUAUGUCUUGAAAGUGGGCAGCAAUGCAACCAGUGACAUUUUCUACUUCUCUGUUGAAGACUCUGGAGGAAAUGAGCUAAGGAAUCAAUCCUUCCAUCUUAACUGGGCUUGGAUUUCCCUAGAGAAAAAGCAUUAUAUCAUCAAUGAAGACUCCAAAUUCUUAGAAGUAACCCUCAAGCGCAGAGGAUACCUGAAAGAGACAUCCUUUAUCAGUAUUGGAACCAAAGAUGGGACAGCACAAAAGGACAAAGAUUUCAAAGGAAAACCCCAAAAGCAGGUUCAGUUCAAUCCUGGCCAGUCUACAGCCAUGUGGAGAGUGAGGAUUAUUUCAGAUGGCAAAUAUGAGGCUUCGGAGACCUUCCAGAUCAUUCUUUCUGACCCUGUCAUGGCUGCCCUGGAGUUUCCAAAGAUGGCAACUGUUGAAAUCAUUGAUCCCAAUGAUGAGUCAACAGUUUAUAUUCCAAAGCCAGAAUACAGAAUAGAGGAGGACAUUGGUGAACUCUUGAUUCCCAUCAGGCGGUCUGGAGAUAUAAGCCAAGAACUCAUGGUACUCUGCUCCACACACCAAGGAACUGCCUCAGGCACAAUUCCUUCCACUGUUUUAUCUUACUCUGACUAUAUCUCCCGACCUGAAGACCACACCAGCAUCCUCCAUUUUGAUAAGGAUGAAACUGAGAAAAGAUGCCGAGUGAUCAUCAUUGACGAUUCCCUCUAUGAAGAGGAGGAGACCUUCAAUGUGACUUUGAGCAUGGCAAUGGGCGGGCAAGUUGCUGUCAGAUAUCCUAGCACCAAAGUCGUUAUCCUAGAAGAUGCUGAUGAUGAACCUGCUCUGUAUUUUGAGGAUGCUGAAUAUCAUGUUGAUGAAAGUGCUGGUUAUGUAGAAGUUUGUGUACAGAGGAAGGGUACUGACCUUUCCAAACCAGCCAUGAUCACCAUCCAAUCAAGAAAAACAGAGCCAGUGUCAGCGGAAGCUGGCAUGGAUUAUGUUGGGGUGAGCCAAAACCUCUACUUUGCUCCUGGAGAGAACAUGAAGACUUUCUGUGUGACCAUUGUGGAUGACCUGGGACAACCUGUCUUGGAGGGUCCAGAGAAAUUUGAAUUGGUCCUUCGCAUGCCCGUGGGCUCAGCGCUGGGGAAGCCUAGUACAACUACAGUUUUCAUCAAUGACUCCCUCUCAGACUUGCCUAAGGUCCAAUUCCAGAAGCCCUCCUGCACGGGAAAUGAAAGAGAUGGACAGGUCAGGGUCAUCAUCCACCGCAACGGAGAUGUCAGCCUUAGCUCCACCGUUCGCUGCUACACUCGCCAAGGCUCUGCCCAGGUGGCUGCGGACUACAAGGAAAGGCCCAACACGGAUGACUCCAUUGUCAUUUUCCUUCCAGGGGAGACAGAAAAGGCCUGUGUGGUGAUCUUAGAGGAUGAUUCCAUUUAUGAAGAAGAUGAAGAGUUUAGGCUUCUACUUGGCACCCCAAAAAGCAGCUCUGCCUUUGGUGCUUCAGUUGGAGAGCAAAAAGAAAUGCUGAUCAGGAUCAAGGAUGAGGAAGACAAACCGGUGAUUAAGUUUUCCAAAACCAGGUUCAGUAUCGAGGAGCCUCAGCACCCCAGAGAGACUGCUGUGCUCAGAAUCCCUGUGGUGCGCCUGGGGGACACUUCUAAAGUGUCUGUAGUGAACACCCAUACAAAAGACGGCUCAGCCACCUCUGGGGAAGAUUACAACCCCAUGUCAAAAGAUGUCGAGUUCAAGGAAGGAGAAACUGAACACUUUGUAGAAAUUGAAGUCUUAUAUGAUGGCAUAAGGGAAAUAAGAGAAACAUUGGCAGUUCACCUGAAACCAGAUGAAAACAUGGUGGCGGAGAUACAGAUGAGUAAAGCCAUCAUAUACAUUGAAGAAAUGGACAGUGUUGCAGAUGUCACCUUUCCAGCCAUUCCCCAAGUGAUGUCACUCCUCGUGUACGGUGACACAUCCUCAAUCCAAGAGAAAGCCAGCCCCCCAACUGGCUACCCUGUUGUGUGUGUGACGGCGUGUAACUCUAAAUAUUCAGAUUAUGACAAGACAGAAUCCAUUUGCACAGAGGAAAACAUUAAUGACACCCUGACUCUGUAUCGGUGGCUGGUUGGUGCCCCAGCCAGUAAUAAUGGAGUCACCAGUCCCAUGCAAGAAAUAGAUGCCGACACUUUCUUCACCGACACUAAGUCUAUCACCCUUGACUCCAUCUACUUCCAAGCUGGGUCCAGGUUACAAUGUGCCGCCCGAGCUGUUCGGACAACUGGUGAUGUGGGGCUGGAGCUGCUGAGUUCAAUCAUCACUGUCAGCAAAGAACAUGGUCUCUGUCAGCCACGUAGGCCUGAAAUGGUAGGAGCUGAACCUUUCUCAGCCAGGAUCCGCUAUACUGGACCAGAUGAACCUGAUUACCCCAACCUCAUCAAGCUCACUGUGAUUAUGUCUCACCUGGAUGGAAUGUUGCCGGUCAUCUCCACCCAACCGCUGUCCAACCUUGAGCUGACGCUGAACCCUGAUGGAAGUCGGGUGGGCAACCACAAGUGUUCCAAUCUCCUGGAUUACAGUGAGAUCCAGACCAAGCACGGUUUUAUCAAAGAACCUGCCAGGAGCUCAGAUAUAAUCAGUGAGACACUACCCUACCAAUACAACUCUUCUCUGAGGUCUGUCCGGACCCUCCGCUUUUACCACAACCUUGACCUUGAUUCCUGCCUUUGGGAAUUCAGCAACUACUAUGACAUGUCAGAACUCCUGACAGCCUGCGGUGGCUCUGUUAGCACUGAUGGCCAGGUAUUAAACUUAGUGCAGUCUCAUGUCACCUUGCGAGUACCCCUCUUUGUCUCCUAUGCCUUUCAUUCUCCAGCAGCAAUUGGGGGCUGGAAGCAUUUUGAUCUGCGGUCUGAGCUGAGGCUUACUUUUGUGUAUGACACUGCCAUACUGUGGAAAGAAGGUAUUGGCAGUCCCCCAGGAUCAGAGCUUCAGGGAACUCUUCACCCAACCAGCAUGCACAUCAAUGAGGAGGGACGGCUGGUGGUCGGCUUCCAAACAGAGAUCCAGUUCCGAGGACAAUUUGUGAUGUCUCAUCCAGGAACAUCUCUGACGUCAGUGGUGAUGUCUGUGGAUCACCCGGGUCUCACCUUCACCCUCAGCCUCCUGAGCAGCGAGCCAGCCUUCCACCGGCCAGAGCAGCGGUGGAGUUUUGUCUCGGACUUUGCUAUUCGGGACUACUCGGGGACCUACACCAUCAAGCUUGUCCCAUGUGUGGCUGCCCCGCAACAAGAACAUACCCUGCCUAUGAUAUGUCACCCGCGGGAGCCAAUUGCUUUUGACCUUGACAUCAGAUUCCAACAGGUCAGUGAUCCAGUGGCAGCUGAAUUCAGUUUAAACACGCGUAUGUUCCUCUUUUCUAAAAAGGAACUCUGGAUAUCUGAUGACUCCAUGGGCUUUGGAGCAGGAUCUGAUGUAGCCUUUUCUGAAGGUUCCGUGAUCUACGGCCGGGUCAUGGUGGACCCCGUGCAGAAUCUCGGGGGCGCUUUUUCCUGUACCAUUGAGAAAGUCUUCCUGUGCACAGGGGUUGACGGGCACGUACCCAAGUACAACCCAGCACAUCAAGAUUAUGGAUGCCUGGCUGACUCGCCCUCUCUCCUGUACAGAUUCAAGAUCCUGGACAGAGCUCAGCCGGAGACGCAGGCCCUGAGGUUUCACAACGUGCCGUUCGACGCUCACCUGGCUGCGGACCAAGAGGAGGCCCUUCCGUUAGUGCAGCAGCCGGGCUCGGACGGCUUCAGCCUGUCCUCGGCGGCGCUCUUCCAGGUGGCUGCUGGGAGAGAGUGGUAUCUGCACGCGGUGUAUACGGUGCGCGCGAGAGGAAAGGCCGGCCAAGGCCUGGGGGCGAGGAGCCUGGCGCGCCAGCGCGUGCCCGCCCCUGCCCCCAGCCGCAGGAGGAGAGCCAACGCGGCCGGCCCCGCCCCUGCCGGAGACACGGGCACCGACCUGCAGCGGGUGGCCCUGCUCGGCCCCCGGCCCGGGCUAGAAAAGGCGGGCACGGAGACGCCCGCCAGCGUGGGGCCCGUCCUGGGGGGCGCCGUCAGCCUGUUCCUGCUCAGCGGCAGCGUGCUGGCGGCCGCGUCUCUCCGGAGACACAGGCGGCGGGCGUCCGGAAGGCAGGCCGUCCCCGCUCAGCGCAGCCGCAGCCGCUGCUCCGAGGUUUAGUCAGCGUCCCAAACCGGAGCUUUUCCCGCCCGUUAGGGCCCUUCCUGCAGCAGCAGCUAGGCUUCCGGUAACCUGGGGCUCCUGGCUCCCCGCCAGAUUAGUCUUAGCUCCCCGUAUGUAGAUAUAUACGUAUGUAUCUAUGGAAUCACACACACACACAUGCAUACAUCUGUGUACAUAAACGCACAUGUAAAUACACACAUCCGCUCGUUUGCACGCACACACUAUACACGUGUCGUGUACACGUAUGUAUCGCCAGAGGACGAGAUGUACCGCACUGGCUAUGGGACUAGUGGGCAGCCAGGUGGCAGCGGGUGUGCUGGGUGCGGAGUCCAGAAGCCCUGCCUGACUUUCCAAUCUUGCCUGGACAAGCCACUUCCUUUCUCAGUCUUAGCUCCCUUACCUGUAGAAUGGGGCUAAUAGCACCUACUUCAUCACAGGACAGUUACAAAGAUGAGUUGCAGUAACACGAAAGCCCUUUGCAAACUUUUAAAUCCCCGUACACGUGCUAGUCAUUAUUACUGUAAGGUGCCGAUAUUAAAAAUAAAAUUAUCUGGGGAUGCUCAACUUGCCUAGUUAUAUGGGAAGGCUUUUUAUACAUCUGAGGGGAAUUCAAGAAACACUGAGUGCCUCUAAUUCCAGGCAGUGGGGUUAAAAAGACAAAGCAAACAGCGGGAGCCUUCCAGUUACUUGCCAAAGAGCUCAUUGCUUCAGCUGCGAGAGGGGGUGGGAGGUGGGGGUGACCGAGGAAGGGAAACCUAAAUCAGCCCAUACCAAAAGGGAUGAGCAAAUCUGAAGUAAUUUGCAGGGAGCAGAGGGUCACUAAAUGGGUGGGUUCUUGUACAACUAGCCCUGAGCUAUGCUAUGAAAGAAGCUAGAAGUUGUACAGAGUGUACAAGUGAAGGAGGGACAGCACAUGCCAGCCAGAGAGAAGGUAGACAAUGUCGCCAUGGGGAAAGCAGAAAGCAGGUUAGGGUGCCUGAGGAAGAGUGAUGUAGAGUUCUAAGGGCUCUCCAGAUUAAGAGUAAAAACAGGGAUCUGCCACAGUGGGAAAGAAAAAGAACUCUAAUCAACAAGAAGAGCAAGAAUUGGCCCAAUGACAGAGGCCUGAAGAUCCAGAGCAGCCUGUUUUCAACAGCUCCCCAUUGAACUGAUUCAAUACUCCAGUAUUUCAUUCUUCUGGGCAAAAAGAAAUGCUUUUGGAAGUAGGGAUGCACCAAAAUGUUCCCUUAUACUAAUCUGGAGAAGAGUUAUGAUCUAUUGGCAGGUUUUCCUUAAUUUUAUAUAAGUAGCCAAUUGUUACGAGCAAGCGAAUUUUUUUUUCAACAUUCAUGUGACCUUAUCAACAUACAAGUGCCACAGAUCUCUAAAAGCUGACUGCAAAGAACUUUUUUUUGUACUAGAAAGUAAAGUUCUGAAUCUCACCUAGGAAGCCUAAAAUUUGGAUGAAUAAGACAAAAAGAAUGGAGAAAACAGGUUGUAACUGGUUCUCAUAGAAGACUACUAUCAAUAAAAGCCUUGAGUGUCACCCCAGUGCCAGUUUGUCUGUCUCUGGAUUAGAUUAUCAUAUAAUCACUAAAUGUAUUCCAACUACAGAAGCCUUUUCUCCUCCUUUCUUUGAUAUAGGUUUAGGAGUUAGAAUACCUAAAUAAUACUUUCCCUACGUAGUGUCAUUUUUUAAUGGCCUUUUAAUGUCUACAAAUUUGAA